UCGCCCGCUACUUUGUCAUAAGAACCAUUACACCUUGGGUCGGGUUCAGUCUGCGAAAUUAGGUGCAACAAUGGCAGAAGCACUCAUCGAAUUGAAUGAACUUCUCAUCUCCAGAAAGGCUACUUUAACAACUGAAGAAAGUAAACUACUAAAUUCAUGGAAGCAAUCUGCUGUAAGAGAUUUUGGUAUUGGUGCCGCUGGUGCUUCCGUUGCCACUUGGUUAGUUACUCGAAGGCUGCAUAACCUACUCCGCAUCAACCUUGCAGUAGGUGCUGGUUGGUUCUAUGGCAAGUGGAGAUUUGCCAAAUCUUUGGAUUCAGGUGUUGAACUUAUUCUCUCUCAGCAUGGAACUCGUCUGCAAAAGGAGUUGGGGGAAAUAAUGUUGAGGAAGUACCAGCGUAAUCCGCCUGUAUUACAGCAUGUCUCCAAAUACUUUUACUCUGAAAAUGUUUAUGAUGAUGAUUCAACAGACCAGCCAAAACCAAGAUGGCGUUUUCGGAGUACCUAUGGGGAAAUUUUUUCUUCUCACAGGAUGGAUGGUGAUGACUCUUCCAGUAAGAAAACCCAUUUGAAGAAUACUGAUCCGAGGAUCACUAAUCUUGAGAGAAAGCAAGUUAAUAUAAAUGGUGCUGCUCCUCCUCUAGAGUCAACUGAAGACCCAUUUGAUUGCAUACUCGGACAUCAAGUGAGUGCCGAAGAGAGUCAUUGCCCUGAUGCACCUAGCACGCUUCCUAGGAGGCAUAAUCAUAGCCACAGACGGUCUCAAGGCAGGCGUCGGAGACAUCACCAUGAGAAAAUGGAAGGUUGAGCUUUUUAGUUGGCCGACCUUGGCAAAUUCAAUGAAACUGAUCUGUUACUGGGAUCAGUCUUGCAUGCACCUGUUAAAUGUAAUCUCUAGCAAAUCUCUACAUGAAACUGACAUUACCUUAAAGCUGGUUGUAUAAAAUUAUGGCCUGUUGUUGUUUUGUUUUUUUAUUUUAUCAUAAACCUAUUUAAUAGAAAAAGGUUUAUGGAUUAACUCAAGGUAAACUAGCAUAAUUUAAUAUAGGAUGAAAUGUAAUAAAGGCAGGAUUGAGUUACUCAAUUUGGCAGCAUUUUAAGUCGAGUCUUCUAUAUUCUAUUUUC